GAACGGAAAGGCAUCGGGCGUCUGCCAUGUUCGACAUUCAAAAAAGGCGCCAAACGCGCCUCUCUUCGAAAAUUAAAAAGAUAAACUAUUUAGGACCAUAGAGUUAUUCCGAUAGAGGCUACAUUUUCACAGCUCCGUAUUUUCAGGUGUAGGGUGUUAUCAUCGCGUUAUCAGUUGUAAUCAAACACAAUAUCGCGGGCUGCGCAAACAGUCCGCUCGUAGCGAGUGUGCGAAUUUUCCGAUUAGCAUGUUGUGUUGACAAAUUAUGUGGUUUUAUUGAACGGAUCAUGGUUUGGUGUAAUAAAGGUGUCGUGAUAUUAUGUGUUUUGUUUCUGUUUCUGCAAUGUACCAGCGGUCAAGUGGUCGGUCAGCUGCUGAACAAGCUGGCGUGCGUGGAGCAGGAGGUGUGCGGCGCGUGCCUGGCCGCCGCCUCGCACUGCCGCUGGUGCGCAGACCCCUACUUCAGCGCCGCCACUCCGAGGUGCAACGAUUAUGACAGCCUAGUGUCAGCGGGCUGCGGGCAGGGCAUGAUCCAGGUGCCGGAGCCGGCGGUGUGGCGCGAGCUGGAGAGCCGGCCGCUGCAGGACAUGCGAGGCGACGACCCCGUCGUGCAGAUACAGCCGCAGAGAGUGCGCCUGUCGCUCAAACCACGGGAAACCCGUAAGAUCAAAUUCUCUUACCGGCCGGCACGCAACUACCCUCUAGACCUGUACUACCUGAUGGACCUGACGUGGUCCAUGCGCGACGACAAGCAGACCCUGGUGUCGUUGAGGGACGACCUGCCCAAUAUGCUGAGGAACCUUACGGAUAAUUUCAGGCUAGGUUUCGGCAGCUUCGCCGACAAGCCGGUGAUGCCGUUCAUCAGCACGGACGCGUCCCGCCUGGCCAACCCCUGCGCCGCCGAGGGCGAGGCCUGCCAGCCCACCUACAGCUUCCGGCACCACCUGUCGCUCACUACCCAGGUCAACGACUUCAUCGAGCACAUAAAGAACAGCUCGGUGACGGCCAACCUGGACAACGCGGAGUCUCAGCUGGACGCGCUGGUGCAGGCCGUGACCUGCGGGGGCCGCAUCGGCUGGGCGGAGAAGAGCCGCAAGAUUGUCAUACUGCUGUCUGAUGGGCUGAUGCAUACUGCUGGCGAUGGGAAAUUAGGUGGUGCCAUACAAAGGAAUGAUGAACAGUGCCAUUUAGACGAAAAUGGGUAUUACAAUUUAGCAGGAACUUACGACUAUCCAUCUGUAGCGCAAAUCUAUAGACUCCUCGAGGCUUAUAAGGUGAAUGUAAUCUUCGCAGUCACGGAAAGUGUUAAAGGACACUACGACCAACUGCACAAAAUACUUGAAGACUUCACGUAUAUAGCGAGAUUGGAAAGCGACAGUUCCAAUAUACUAAAACUAGUCAAAACGGGAUAUGAAAAUAUUAUAAGUGUAGUAAAUUUUAAGGAUGACGCAGGGUCAGGACCGAUAAAGGUGAAAUACUUCACUGAUUGUGGCAUCAAGGGAGGGUCAAUGGUGGAGUCUAACAGAUGCAGUGGAGUGGAGUUUGGCAUGACGCUUAACUUUGAGGUGCAUCUCACUUUGGGGUCUUGCGUGGAAUUCGUCAAGUCAAAACAAACCAUCCUCAUCAAGGAGAGUCAGCUCGGGCAGGACCGCCUGACGCUCGAGGUGGACCUCCAGUGCGGCUGCGACUGCCAGUCGGCGGCGCAGGGCGCCCUGGCGCAGGCCUGCCCCAACAACUCCUACCUCAUGUGCGGGAUAUGCCAGUGUAAGAAGGGAUGGUCAGGCCCAACAUGCUCAUGCUCGGAAGGCGACGAGGCAGCAUCAGCUGCCCUCAGUGCGCAGUGCCGCGCCCCCGCCCCCCUCCCCGCUCCCACAGGCCUCCGAGCCCUCCCUUGUACUGGGGCCGGGGACUGCGUCUGUGGGAAAUGCCAGUGCGACGCCGGGUACAGCGGGAAGUACUGCCAAUGCAAGGAUUGUGAGAUUAGUCGUGAGACAGGCCUCCAGUGCGGCGGCGCGGGGCGCGGCGCGUGCGCGUGCGGCGUCUGCGCGUGCGCCGCGGGCUGGGCCGGCGCCGCCUGCGAUUGUACCGAGGAGACGGAUGCUUGUGUGGCACCGGGCGGUGAUGGCGGGGUGUGCUCUGGAUAUGGGGAUUGCGUUUGUGGCAAAUGCCAAUGCUCCAACACGGACGGCGUGAGCUACACGGGCGAGUUCUGCGAAGCGUGCGUGGACUGCGAGGCCGCCAACCCGCUGUGCGUGCACGCCGAGCCGUGCGUGGCGUGCUACCUCGAGGGCAACUGUACCGACGUGUGCGUGACAAGCAGAGCUAAUUAUACUGUGGUGGAUAAUAUCAUGCAGAGAUCAGCUAGCCCAAUCGGCACCGCCCGCUGCAUACUCCGUCGGGAAGAGAGCGGGCUCCAAUGCGAGUACCAGUACACCUACACCGCGGGGACCAAGUCCAUGGUCCACAUGGACAUAGCCCUCAUGAGCCGAGAGUGCUCUAAGCCAAUCACAGCGCAGAUCCUAUCUACAGGACUGGUGAUCAUGGGCUGCGUCAUAGCCAUCGGCAUCAUUAUGAUUAUAGCAGUAAAAGUGUCUCAAGUGUAUGCGGAUAGGAGAGCAUACGCCAAAUUUGCAGCAGAGACGGAGCGCAGUAUGAUGAUGAUGAACCAGCGGCAACAGAACCCCCUGUAUAAGUCUCCGAUAUCCGAGUUCAAGUUACCUGAAGAUUAUCCGAGGAAUAUGAAUGAUUGAUUUAGUGGUUGGAUAGAAUGGAUGGAAUUUUUACGAGUUUGCCUUUUGGUAUGCGUCCUUAUCGUAUGGCAAAAUUACUUAUACCUACAACGGCUUCUGCGUGUUCCCAUAAGCGCAUUUAGUGUACUUAAUGAUUUUUCCAUUUGACGUUCUUGCCUUUUGGUAUACACAUACAACCUUUACAUUAUAAGCCUAAACUUUUUCGACGAGUUUAUGCAUUAGUGCUAAGGUCUACGAGGUGCAAUAGGUUUAUUUUGUUGUUCGCUGUAUGUAGUUUGUUUGGGUUGUGCCGUGCAGUUACACUAGUCUCUUCUUCUAUUUUCUAAGGAUUUUUUAACUCUUUCACCUUGUACAGUUAAGUUCCUAUUAAAAAUUUAAGGAUGUAACUACUUAUGUACUUAAAUUACCUAAUAAUUAAGCAUAAUCGUACAAAAUGUACCUACCUACUGUAUGUAAGUUCUUAUCAAAUAAAUUAUGUGUACUUAGGUGUAAAUAAUAAAAUGACUCAUUAUAAU